AUUAAUACACAGAAACAAAAGAAAAGAUUAAGAAAAUGGGUUUGAGAAGAACAUGGUUGGUUUUGUACAUUCUCUUCAUCUUUCAUAUUCAGCACAAUCUUACUUCCGUGAGCUCACGACCUUCCUCAGUCGAUACAAAACACGAGGCUCUCCCUUUUACUGUUUCAAAGCCAGACGUUGUUGGGUUUGAAGGAAAGGCUCGGGAAUUAGCUGUCGUUAUCAAAAAAGGAGGAGGUGGGGGACGCGGAGGAGGUGGAGGACGAAGCGGCGGUAGCAGCAGGGGAGGAGGAGGUGGCAGCAGUAGCAGCCGCAGCCGUGACUGGCAACGCGGCGGAGGAGUGGUUCCGAUUCAUACGGGUGGUGGUGGUGGAUCGGCAGGAUCACAUAGAUCAAGCGGCAGCAGGAAUCUUCGAGGAACAGUGUGUGGGUUCGGUUGGUUGGCUUUAUCGGUUUUAGCUGGUUUAGUCUUGGUUCAGUAGGGUUCAGAGUAAUCGUUGGCCAUUUAUUUUAUUUUUGGUUUUAUAACGUUUAUGUUUAUUGUCCAGUCUGGUUUGGUCUAUUAUUUAUUUGGGCUAACGGUAAGGUGUAAAUUGUUAAUAUACAGUCUGUAGAAAG